AUGUCUGAUCUCAAGGAGUUCAUGGGAAAGAAAGUCCAUGUCAUAACAGCAGAUGCCAGAUUCUUUGAAGGUGUCUUACAAGGAUACGACAAUUCAACAAAUAUAAUACUACAAGAUUGUAUAGAACGAAUCUUGUACAGUGAAGAAGAUGUCGACGAAGAGAAUCAGGAAAUUCCAUUAGGUUUGUACAUAAUAAGAGGAGGAGAAGUUGCCUGCGUUGGAGAGAUAGACCCUGCGAAAUAUGCCACUAUUGAUUGGCUGACAUUGAAAGCAUCCACAUUGAAAACUACCAAAAAUCCACUCUGA